AUGGACGACCCAGCCCAGGAUGAUACUCGCGAGCGCCUCAAGGCUGCCCUUUGGUUCGCUGUUGGCCAAAUGGUCGACGAAGAAUCCAUGAAGAAGAACCGCAACGCCACACCACAGUUCAUCGGCGCACUCACAGAAAUGGUCUGGGAACAAAUAGAGGCCACGGCCACUGAUCUUGAGGGUUUCAGCAGGCACGCCGGCCGGACUACCGUCACCGCAGACGACGUCGUGCUGCUUGCGCGCAAGAACCCCGAUUUGCACGAACUUAUUCGGGACUAUGUCGACGAGUUGAAGGCGAAGAAGGCCAGCAAAGGCAAGGGCAAGGGCAGGCAGUAG